GUCGCCGUAAUACCUACAACGACUUUCUCUCUCUAUGUCCGACUUUCGUUCCAAGGCAGAAACUCAUCAGCCAUUUCAAUUUUCUAUAGCGGCUGAGGAAAGAAGAAUGAAUAGAAGAUUGGAGAGAGAAUUUGGCUUUCCUCGUGCUGUGAUGAUCCAGCUGAUGGGCUGAUCCCAUGUACUGAUUUUUCGAUUUGAUUCAUUUUCGGAAAUGUUUGAAUACUCGUCUACGGACAUGGGAAUGUGAAAAAGCAAACGAAUAACGUAAGGGUAAUGAAUUGCUGCGUGAGCUUGUGAAGUAGUACCUCCAAUGUCGGAGGGGUUCACCGGCGUGCAGAAAUCAGGAUCGUUAAAUCUCUUUUGGCGUCGGAUCUGAUGGUGAAGAGUUUGUUAUCGUUUUUCAGGAAUAUCUCGGGUCGGAUUCAUUUGAGGGGCAUCGGCAUUAAUAGAAUCGGCGGCGGACGCGGUUUUUUCGGCGGUAGUUUUGGAAGAAUUGUUGUGGGGCGGGAGGAGAAAGAGUUGGAAUAGUAGCUGCGGCGGAGGAAGAUGCAGCUGCACUUCUCACCUAGCAUGAGAAGCAUAACAAUAUCCUCGAGCAGCUCAGUAGGAAAUGUCAAUGGAGGAGGCGGAGAUUUGAUGAAGAUCAAGGUGGCGCCUCGCCACAUCUCAUAUCGCACGCUCUUCCACACCAUUCUCAUACUCGCGUUCUUGUUGCCGUUUGUUUUCAUUCUGACAGCCCUCGUCACACUCGAAGGUGUCAACAAGUGCUCCUCAUUUGAUUGUUUGGGACGAAGGUUGGGGCCAAAGUUUCUUGGGAGAACUGAUGAUUCUAAGCAGAGGUUGGUCAAAGACUUUGUUAAAGUUAUGAAUCAAGUGAACUCUGAGAAGGUCCCUGAUAGUAUAAAGCUACCUGAUUCUUUUAGUCAACUUGUUUCCGAAACGAAAAACAAGAAGUACAGUUCGAAGGAGUUUGCUUUGAUUUUGAAGGGAAUGAUGGAGAGAUCUGAAAGGGAGAUUAGGGAGUCCAAGUUUGCUGAGCUUAUGAAUAAACAUUUCGCAGCUAGUGCAAUUCCUAAGGCCAUUUACUGUCUCUCAUUGAGGCUGACUGAUGAGUAUUCUUCCAAUGCUCAUGCACGCAGGCAAUUACCUUCCCCAGAGUUACUUCCUAUGCUAUCUGACAACUCCUACCAUCAUUUUGUGUUAUCAACAGACAACAUUCUUGCUGCCUCUGUUGUUGUGGCAUCUGCAGUCCAGUCAUCUCUGAAUCCUGAAAGAAUUAUUUUUCAUGUCAUCACCGACAAGAAAACUUAUCCAGGGAUGCAUUCAUGGUUUGCCCUAAAUCCCAUGCAUCCUGCUAUUAUUGAAGUAAAAGGCAUUCAUCAAUUUGAUUGGUUGACCAGAGAGAAUGUGCCAGUACUUGAAGCUGUUGAAAGCCAUUACGGAAUAAGGAAUUACUACCAUGGAAAUCACAUUGCUGGGGCCAAUCUGAGUGAUACAACUCCGAGAACAUUUGCUUCAAAAUUACAGGCUAGAAGUCCAAAAUAUAUCUCGUUGCUCAACCAUCUUCGUAUAUACCUGCCAGAGCUAUUCCCCGGCCUUGAUAAAGUGGUUUUCGUAGACGAUGAUGUUGUAAUUCAACGGGAUUUGACUCCUCUUUGGGAAAUCGAUCUUAAUGGAAAAGUUAAUGGAGCUGUUGAAACUUGUAGAGGCGAAGAUGAAUGGGUCAUGUCUAAGCAUUUUAGGAAUUAUUUCAACUUCUCUCAUCCAUUUAUAGCAAAGAACUUGAAUCCAGAAGAAUGUGCGUGGGCGUAUGGGAUGAAUAUUUUUGACUUGCGUGCAUGGAGAAAAACAAAUAUUAGAGAUACUUAUCACUCCUGGCUUAAAGCGAAUCUGAAGUCCAACUUGACGUUAUGGAAACUGGGAACCCUUCCUCCUGCUUUAAUUGCAUUUAAGGGUCACGUGCACCCAAUUGAUCCCACGUGGCACUUGCUCGGGUUGGGGUAUCAGAACAAGACCAAAGUCGAAAACGUGAGAAAGGCAGCGGUGAUUCACUUCAAUGGCCAGUCAAAACCAUGGUUGGAGAUUGGUUUCGAGCAUCUCAGACCAUUUUGGACCAAGUAUGUUGACUACUCUAAUGAUUUUAUUAGGAAUUGCCAUGUCUUGGAGUAGCAUCAACCAAACGCAGCACGAACGAAGUAUAUAUUAUUGCUCUAAGUUUGGUUGACGAAGAAGUUGAGAGAGUAAGCCUCAUCACAACUGGUGGAACAUGAAAAUUUUAAUGUUGGUGUCGUGUCCCAGUUUCUUCAACAAGCAAUCUUUACGGCUCGUUUGUGCAUGAGAAAUCAUUCUUCUGUUUGUAAACUAGCAGAUGAUCUAUCAAUUAAUAUUAUGCACGAUUAUUACUAUUUUUUGACAAUUUAUAUCUUAGAGAGCUUGGAAGGGAUAUAUUGGUGUACACGCUCGGCAAUGUAUAUGAUGCAGUAGAGAAGGACAGACAUAGAUGCAAGGUUCUCAAUACAGUAUAUGGCACUCCCACUUUUGGCCCCAUUGGGAUUAUUCUUUUUCAUUUUCAGUUCAGAUUUUUUGCUGCAUUUCCCUGUUUGUUUUCUUUGUUUUGUUUGGCUGGUAUUAUACAUUCAUGGCGAUUCUCUUGGGCAAGAAGCAUAUUGAGUUACACGACAACACUAGGUUUGCAUGUAUGAUUGGUGUUACACAUUUUAGAUUAAGCAGAUUAUUCUUUAAUAUCAUAUUUGACAUUUCAACGUCA